AUGGCUAGCAGCAUGCCCGUCAGUCUGGAGGAUGAGGACAAACACGUGGAGAAGAUUCCCAUGACAGAAGACACCUUCGACAGUGGCACCAGCCCCUCCAACGGCGGCGACCUGAUGCCACACAAGUUUGCUCCCAAUAUGAUGGACAUUCUGCAGGAGUUCACACAACGUACUACCUUCCACGGAGUCAAACUGAUUUUCAAAGAACGCGUCGGGAUUGUCAGGAGGGUCAUUUGGUCGCUACUGCUGCUGGUCAGUACAGUGAUGAUGGGCGUCCAGGUGGUCAACCGACUGUUGUACUACUACAGCUACCCGGUGACUGUCAACUACAACGUCAACUUUGACAAGAUGAUGCACUUUCCCACCGUGACCAUUUGCAACCAAAACUAUUUCAGGGUAACGGAGGCGUCUGCAAGGCAGUGGUACGAGUUGCUGGGAGACCUGAACAACGCUUCGGUCACACUGAGCGAAGAGAAACUGGAGCAAUACAACGCUACCUUGCUGACCUUGGCAGAUCUGUACCUGGGCACGGCCCAUCAGAAGGAGGACUUUAUUGUGGGGUGUGAAUGGCAGAACCAGGUGUGUGGCCCACACAAUUUCACACAGGUGCUCACAGACCAGGGCGUGUGUUACAGCUUCAACGAUAACCGUACCUUACCCCUGUCUACUUCCUCGGCAGGGCCUGGCACUGGUCUUCAGCUGACGCUCAAUGUAGAACAGUACGAGUAUAUGCCUGGAACCAGCAGUGCGGCUGGGGUAAAGAUCCUACUGCACAACUUUGAACAGUUCCCCAGAGUAGGCCAACUUGGACUAGCUAUAGCUCCAGGGUCUCAUGCCUUUGUGGGCGUGGAUCUAUUGAAGGUGAAUAAUUUAGCCAAGCCCCAUGGACGCUGCCGGAGUGGACCUUCAGUUUACUAUGGCCAGUACUCACCGGAUGCCUGCCAGCUGGCCUGUAUGACCGUCUACCUGGACGAUCUGUGCAGCUGUAGGCACAUCUACCUGCCUCACGAUCAAGACGCCCCACCCGUGUGCUCGCUGAAUGAGUUCAUGACCUGUCUGAGAUCAUACAUGGCUGCAGCCAAUGACCAUGCCAGAGCAAACUGCGACUGUCCAGCUCCGUGUGAUUUACUUCAGUACCAACAUGUGGUCUCCUACGCCAGCAAGGCACUGUUUUCUCUAGAUGGCUCCCUGACACCUGCAACUCUGGCCCCAGUCAGGAAGAGAUACCUGCAGGCAAGGGAGACCACCUCACGUCUGGACCGGGUCAAGUGGCAACAGUUGACCACCACAACCAACGAGAUAAGAUCUAGUUUCCGUAACCUACAGAGUGAGAUGAGCAGGGGUCUUCUCAGCAGUCUUCUUAAUCAGAAAAGUGCCCUCAACUUGAUACAUCAGAGAAUGAACAACGCUUGGACCAAGAAGAUCUAUCUUCUACAAUGGCAGAAAUAUCACCUGGAGAAGAACUUUGUGAAAGCCAAAGAUGAAAUGGAAGAAAAAAGCAUGUACAAUUUGGGGCUUGGGUACGAAGAAUUUGCCUACCAGAUCAAGACCAGAAUCCAGCAGCUAGCUCACAGUUGGUGGAAUAUGACCAUCCCGGAAGCUACCAGAACGUCUAUGUAUGUGGAAGUGCUCAACAUGCUCCACGGCCGCUUGCUACUGGCAGAUAAAGCUUACGAGAGCUAUCUUCAGCUGUAUGAUGCUUUCAGCAACGGAGAACCCAUUUUCACAUACCAGUUCCAAAAUGAGUCUGUAGAUGAUAAUGAUUACAUCACACCCAGGGCUCUGCUGAACCAGUCAAUUUCCCGUCAUGACUUCUCUUCUAACGACACGGUUACCCUGAUCGAGGACAUUCAGUACAUCAAGGACAUCCUGCAAUCCUACCUUUCACUAGCCAACAGAUACUUCUAUGCAAACACGUCAAGUCCUGAAGAACUAGAAACAUACAAUUCUCAGAUCCUGGAGUGGGGUCCCCGCUUUCUACAAAGCAAGAAUGUUUUUUACACCGACAGCGUCGACUAUCCGGUCAAGAUAAUGCAAGACAAACUACAGAAGUUUGAGCAGAGAUGGCGGGAUUUUGAAGAAGACUUGAAACCGAUGACAGUUAAACUGGACAUGUUGUUAGUUAACUUAAGCAAACAUCAAAACAACAUGAUCAGUGUACUGGAGCAGAAUAUCGCCAAAGCAGAGAUGCACGUUUCGGUUAGAAACGUCUCAAAACAACAGAUGGCCGAAGUGUUCACAAACGAACAGUUUCUCAAAGGUGUCAGCGAACUGACCACAUUCUUCGGUGAGCUACGAGCACGUGGUCAAGAAGUUUACGAUGGUUGGUCAGCUCUAAACCGGUCAACCAAAGCCAUCUGGGCGAUGAUACUAGACGACGAGAACAUGCUGGAGUACUACCGCUACACCAAUGAAACUCUCUACUUACACUCGUUGGCUGAGGUUUCCAGCGAAGUGGCCAGAAACUUCUCACGACUUCGAGACACCAACAACGUCCAACACAAGAUCAGCCAGGUCGAUGGGUCGUUUGUCCGCAGUUUCCAAAGGAUGGUAGCUCUGAUGAAAGAAUUCAUUGCAGGCAGCGACAUUGACGCGGAGUUUCUCAAAAACAAUUUUCUACGGCUGGAUGUUUACUACAAGCGGGCUGGUUAUGAAGAAAUCACACAGCGGGCGGAUUUUGACGUGUUUGCCUUACUUUGUGACAUCGGCGGGACCAUGGCCUUCUAUCUCGGAGCCAGUGUGCUGACUGUCUGUGAGCUGCUAGACUUGGGUUUGCAUCACUUCAUCUACAAGCUGACCCACAACGACAAGAUCCAUGGCGACGAAUGA